CUGACGUCACAUCGCUAGUCACUCUGCCAUGGCGUCCGUAAUGUCGCUGAUUACGGAGGGGACAUCGUAGCAUCUUGUUUCAGUUGGCUUUGGUGAACGCUGUCCAGUGCGUUUUUUGCUACACCUAGUUUGAAUUUGGUUGCGUUUAUCUCUGGGCCCGCCAUGACCGUGGAGCAGAAUGUCCUCCAGCAGCAUUCUCAGAAGCACCAGCAGACACUACUAAACCAGUUGAGGGAGGUCACAGGCACCACAGACGUUCAGCUGCUUCAGCAGGCGCUGCAGGCGAGCAAUGGAGACCUGGCUGAAGCUGUGGCCUUUCUGACAGAGAAGAACGCUAAGGUUCCUCAGCAAGAUGAGACCACCUACUAUCAGACGUCCCAGGUGGCCAGCGAUAGAUACAUCAGUGUGGGCAGUCAGGCGGACACAAACGUCAUUGACCUGACUGGGGACGAUAAAGAUGACCUGCAGAGGGCCAUCGCCCUUAGCCUGGAGGAGUCCAACCGUGCGUUCAGGGAGACGGGCAUCACUGAUGAGGAGCAGGCCAUCAGCAGAGUUUUAGAGGCCAGCAUAGCGGAGAACAAGGCAAGUCUGAAACGUACCCACACAGAAGUAUGGAGCGAUUCACCGAACCCACAUGACAGGAAGAGGAUAGACAACUGCCCUGUGGGCCUGAAAAAUGUUGGCAAUACCUGCUGGUUCAGUGCUGUCAUACAGUCUCUGUUCAACUUGCUGGAGUUCCAGAGGCUGGUGCUCAACUACUCCCCACCAGCCAGAGUCCAUGACCUGCCACGCAACCAGAAGGAGCACAGGAACCUGCCCUUCAUGCAGGAGCUGAGGAACCUCUUCUCUCUCAUGGUGGGUUCCAAGAGGAAAUAUGUGGAUCCAUCACGAGCCGUGGAAAUCCUCAAAGACGCAUUCAAGUCCAGUGAAUCACAGCAGCAGGAUGUGAGCGAGUUCACUCACAAGCUGCUGGACUGGCUGGAGGAUGCUUUCCAGAUGAAGGCCGAAGAAGACAGGGAGGGUGAGAAGCCAAAGAACCCGAUGGUUGAGCUGUUCUACGGCCGUUUCCUUGCUGUGGGUGUCUUGGAAGGUAAAAAGUUUGAGAACACAGAGAUGUUUGGGCAGUACCCGCUGCAGGUGAACGGCUUCAAGGACCUCCACGAGUGUCUUGAGGCGGCGAUGAUUGAGGGCGAAAUCGAGUCCUUGCACUCGGCAGAGAAUUCUGCCAGGUCUGGACAAGAGCACUGGUUCACAGAACUCCCUCCUGUGUUGACCUUUGAGCUGUCAAGAUUCGAGUUCAAUCAAGCACUGGGACGACCUGAGAAGAUCCACAAUAAGCUCGAGUUCCCCUCUAUGCUCUACAUGGACAGGUACAUGGACAGGAACAGAGAUAUAACCAGAAUCAAAAGGGAGGAGAUCAGGAGGCUGAAAGAGCAUUUGACUCUGCUCCAACAGCGACUGGAGAGGUAUCUGAGUUAUGGCUCAGGCCCAAAGCGGUUUCCUCUGGCAGAUGUCCUCCAGUACGCCAUGGAGUUUGCCUCCAGUAAGCCCGUGUGUACCUCCCCAGUGGAAGACAUUGACACAUCUGCGCCCCCUGGUGGCACAACAGGACAACAGUUGCCCCCGCCAAGCACGUCUGAGCAAGACUCCUUACCUCCCCUUGAGAGUUCAGGCUCUGCUUCAGGUCCCGCUCCAGUUCCCACUGCUGCCCAGCAACAGAGAGUACCCAUUCAUAAGCCCUUCACCCAGUCCCGGUUACCUCCCGACCUCCCGAUGCACCCUGCCCCGCGUCACAUCACUGAAGAAGAGCUGAGGGUACUCGAGGGCUGCUUGCAUCGCUGGAGGAGUGAAGUGGAAAAUGAUACUCGUGAUCUGCAGGGCAGCAUAACCAGAAUCCACAGAACAAUUGAGCUCAUGUACUCUGACAAAUCUAUGAUGCAGGUUCCAUACCGGCUUCAUGCGGUGCUGGUCCAUGAAGGCCAGGCCAACGCAGGCCACUACUGGGCUUAUAUCUAUGACCCACAUCAGCGUUGCUGGAUGAAGUACAAUGACAUUUCAGUCACCAAGUCAUCGUGGGAGGAGCUGGUCAGGGACUCUUUCGGAGGCUACCGCAACGCCAGUGCCUACUGCCUCAUGUACAUCAAUGACAAGAAGCCAUUUCUCAUAGAAGAGGAGUUUGAUAAAGAAACAGGGCAGAUACUGAGCGGCAUGGACAAACUGCCUCCGGACCUGAAGCAGUAUGUGAAGGAGGACAAUGAGCAGUUUGACAAGGAGAUCGAGGAGUGGGACACCCUGCAGGCCCGCAAGGCCCAGCAGGAGAAGCUGGCCCUGGCCGCUGCAGCCGCCGCCGCCGCCACCGCCUCGGCGGCAUCCGGCACCUCCACUUCUUCUUCGUCACCUCAGCCCAUGAGUAUUGAGUCCAGCCCUCCAGACAAUGCAGUCCCCCAGCAGGACCCAGAAUACAUGGAGCAGCCGUCGCCCACAAACGACUCCAAGCACCUGCAGGAGGACACGGAGAGGGCCAUCUCCAGGGCCGCCGCCGAACAGGAGGAGAGGAGCCCCGAAGCGCUGUUAAACGCUUCUCUUCCCCCUCCCACCUCCCCUGAGCCUGAAGUCCAGAUGAGCUCUCCCCCGACCCCUCCUCCUGACCAGGUCACAGAGGAUGAGUCCCCCGGUCAGCGCACCGUAGAGGUGGCCAUUCCUAAUGUGGGAACCUUUGUCAUUGUGUCAGAGGAGGGGGGAUAUGAUGACGAGGCGAUGAUGACCCCCAACAUGCAGGGUAUAAUUAUGGCCAUUGGCAAAUCCGCCAGCGUAUAUGAAAAGAACGGGCCCGAGGCAGCCUUUUUUAAGGCCAUCAAGUUGGAAUACGCUCGUCUUCUGAGAUUUGCCCAGGAAGACACCUCACCUGAGAACGACUACCGGCUCCAGCACAUCAUCGUGUACUUUAUUCAAAACCAGGCACCUAAAAAAAUCCUGGAGAGGACUCUGCUCACACAGUUUGCCGACAGAAACCUGGCCUUCGAUGAGAGAUGUAAGAGCAUUAUGAAUGUGGCACGUGCCAAACUGGACCUAAUUAAGCCCGAAGAGGUCAACAUGGAUGAAUAUGAGAUUUGGCAUCAGGACUACAGGAAUUUCCGGGAGACAACCAUCUUCAUGAUAACUGGGUUGGAGCUCUUUCAGAAGACAAAUUACGUGGAGGCUCUGAUGUAUCUGAUUUACGCGUACCAGUACAACAAGGAGCUUUUGUUAAAAGGGCUGUACAGAGGGCAUGAUGAGGAGCUUCUUGGUCAUUACCGUCGGGAGUGUUUGCUGAAACUGAACGAGCAAGCCGCCGCCAUGUUCGAGUCGGGCGAGGAGCCGGAGGUGACGACGGGCCUCGGCAUCAUGAACGAGCUGGUGGUGCCCUGCAUCCCCCUGCUGCUGGUCCACGACGCGGAGAGGGACCUGCUGGCCGUGGAGGACAUGAGGAACCGCUGGUGCUCCUACCUGGGCCAAGAGAUGGAAUCUAACCUCCAGGAGAAGCUGACGGACUUCCUCCCCAAGUUACUGGACUGCUCGACGGAGAUCAAAAGCUUCCACGACCCUCCCAAGUUGCCCACCUACUCUAGCCUGGAGCUGUGCGAGCGGUUCGGCCGCAUCAUGGCCGCCCUCGGCAGGGUGCUCACCGAGGGGAGAUGAGCUCGGAGGGCGGAAGGAGGCGCCUCUCCUUUAUCACGGGCCCCGACCGCGGGCCGACAUCUAUGGACCUCUCUUAACCCAUGCCUUCCUUAUCAAUCCAGGGGUCACUUGCUUCUAGCUGUUAUUCCUCUGUUACUCUUUUGCUGCUAUAGUUUUUAUCAUUAUAAAUACUAUUUCACUUUUAUUUUAAGCAAAACACAACGGAAGAAACGGCGGACUAUUGGGAGGGGAGAAAAAAAAAAGAAAAAGUGGGAGUCGGUGGAUAAACGGUGGCAAUCCUGCGGUUGUUGAAAGCCGAGCAAAUUCUGCUUCAUUUUUUUUUUUUUUUUUUUGCAAAAAACAAAACAGAAAAAAAAAAACAAGUUUGAAGGUUUUUCAUAGUUUAUUACUGUUGUUGUUGCUUGAUUCGAGCUUCCCCGACCACGCUCAUAGCCCCUUUCUAAAGCACCCUUCUCUGCGUGAAAAGGAUCACCCCGCUGCUCUGCCUCCAGUUUGGUACAGUAUUACCACGUUUUGUUUUAUUUUUCUAAGGAAGUAACGGAAGAGAGCCUUCAGAUUUAUCAGCGGCUCAGAGUAUCUCAAAUGGUUCUCAUGUCAUUGUGGACUGCACCAGAAUGAGAUGUUUUAAGUGCUGUGGUAGACGGCCAUGGACUUCCUGUGGCUUGUUAAUAAAUUGAGAGAAUAAAAUUUUAUUUAUGGCCCUUUUAGGCCAAAUAAACAAAUGUUUUGCCUGA